AUGGAUCAGUACGAGAAAGUUGAGAAGAUUGGUGAAGGAACAUACGGUGUGGUUUAUAAGGCACGAGACAAAGUGACCAAUGAGACUAUAGCUUUGAAGAAGAUACGGCUGGAGCAGGAGGAUGAAGGUGUGCCUAGCACUGCAAUUAGAGAAAUCUCUCUCUUGAAAGAAAUGCAGCACAGCAACAUUGUCAAGUUACAGGAUGUAGUGCACAGCGAGAAGCGUUUGUAUCUGGUUUUUGAGUAUCUUGACUUGGAUCUCAAAAAGCACAUGGACUCAACUCCUGAUUUCUCAAAGGAUCUACAUACGAUCAAAGCAUAUCUCUACCAGAUUCUCCGUGGAAUUGCGUAUUGCCACUCUCACAGGGUUCUCCAUCGUGAUCUAAAGCCACAGAAUUUGCUGAUUGAUCGCCGCUCGAACUCACUAAAGCUUGCAGAUUUUGGUCUGGCCAGAGCAUUCGGUAUCCCUGUCAGGACAUUUACUCAUGAGGUGGUUACUCUCUGGUACAGAGCACCAGAGAUACUACUAGGAUCUCAUCAUUACUCUACACCAGUUGAUAUUUGGUCCGUCGGAUGCAUAUUUGCUGAGAUGAUCAGCCAAAAGCCCUUGUUUCCUGGAGACUCCGAGAUCGAUCAACUCUUCAAGAUUUUCAGAAUCAUGGGAACUCCAUACGAGGAUACAUGGCCCGGUGUAACUUCGCUGCCAGAUUACAAAUCUGCUUUCCCUAAAUGGAAACCAACGGACUUAGAAUCUUUUGUCCCGAAUCUGGAUCCCGAUGGUGUAGAUCUCCUUUCAAAAAUGCUGUUGAUGGAUCCAACCAAAAGAAUCAACGCAAGAGCAGCCUUGGAGCAUGAUUACUUCAAGGAUCUUGGCGUCAUGCCUUAG